GACUUAUCUGGAAUUACUUUCAUUUUUGACAGUGCUAAAUCGGAAUGUUCAAAGGUAGACAUCCGGGUUGUUUUAUCACCAUGUAUCACAUUGGAAGUCGUUAGCGUUACGUGGUUGCGUGGGUGGAGAUAAGAAUUAAGUUCUGUUUUGUUGCAACUUUCGUUUUAGACCAGCAUGGAUAGGCUACAAACGGUGUGUCGGGAAUCACCUGGUCCAUCCCCUUUACAGAAAGACGGAUCCAGAUUCUACAUUCACUUUCACAGCCUACUGAAAUGACCAAACAGAUACCACCAACUAACUCCUUGAAAGUCAAGUCACUCUGUAAAAUGACCAGGGGAAACCAGGUCGACCAUGGGUCGACCAUCUAAUUCAAUGUUGACCAACUAAUAACGGAUCUAUUAUGGAAGAUGGACUGGCUGUCAUUGUGAAUCGCAUGGCCGACUCUCUGUCUAGGGAUGAGUUGCGGACACUUCGCUACCUGUGCUCAGACCUGUUACCUGAUAGCCGUGUGGAAGACCUGAGAGGAGCCCUUAUCUCUCGGGCCCAAAUUGCUGGGAACAAUCAGCCUACCCUCAUACUGAUGGAGCUCAUGUUUCAUUUGAAGCGCUUCGACGUUCUGAAGAAGGUUCUUGGGACGAGUCGACAGGAGGUUGAACGCAUGCUGAACACCAGACAGGUCCUGUCUGGAUACAGGGUGCUCAUGGCUGAUCUGAGUGAGGAUCUUGCACCAGAUGACUUCCGCUCUUUGGUCUUUCUCCUCAGUAGCAAACUGCCGCGUGGAAAGCUGGAAGCAGUCUCUAACUUUCUGGAUCUGGUAGAUGAACUGGAGAAACUUGAUGAAGUCUCCCCAGAAAAUCUGGACCUCAUUGUGCAAGGCUUUCGGAAUAUUCAUCGACUCGACCUUGCAAAGAAGAUACAACGUUUUCAGAAAAAAGGAAGUACAAGAACAUGUGCAGAGCGCAAUUCAGAGACACAGAGAGGAGUCUGUUCCCCCACUAGUCCCCUCCCUCGUUCAUCUGUUCGUCCCUUUGUGAGGAUUCAGCGAUCGUCUUUAGGGCUGCAGAUGCCUGUCGCUGAAACGAGGGCGCAUUAUCAACAGGCCACAGAGGAGUACAACAUGGAUACCAUUCCCCUCGGUGUGUGCAUAAUCAUUGACUGUGUGGGUUGUGACGGAGACAUGCUGAAGCAAACCUUUGAGGCCCUUAGUUUCAGGGUGAUCUUGCACACUUUACUGUGUUUGGAAGACACCUCCAGUGUCCUAAGGGAACUGUCCCAAAGUCAAGACCUUCAGGGAUCGUCAGCAUUCAUCUGCUGUCUCCUCAGCCGUGGCUCAGAGUCCAAUAUCCUGACCACAGAGACCCACGGCCCCGGGCUCCGCCUGGACGACAUACGGCAGCUCUUCAAUUCUAUGAACUGCUCUGCGUUGAGAGGAAAACCAAAACUUUUCCUCGUCGAGAUUUAUGAAGUCCAAGAGGAGCCCCCGUGGUCCUCACACAUGGACCAGUGCCUGGAGACUGAUGCUGGGGGAUCGGCUGGCUGUUCUCCACGCUGGCAGACGGAUGCCAUGAAAACUAUUCCUGUCAGUGCAGACGUGUUGACCUGUGUGUGCUUGGCCGAUGACCAGCUGUUGGCGAAGAGGGGGCACCAGUCUGUGUUCUGGCCGACCAUGAGGUCAACCUUACUGCGUUGUCAUGACAGGAGAAUUCCACUUCUUGACGUACUCACCGAAGUGAACAGAGUGGUGCUUGAAAACCCCAAUGAAAGCUACAGGAUUAACCUGAGUCACACUCUGAGAAAGACUCUGUAUCUGUAACACUCAAAAUAUGACGGGAGUCACUGAAGGAAACACAAUAUGGUUUAAGUAUGUAGGCUACCAGAAAGAGCCAACAGGGUGAAAAGAAGGAAGAAAAAGACCUCGAUAAGAGGAGGAGUCUGGGAGAGAACAGAGGAUGUGUUGGUAUUCAGAAACACGCCCAACAGAAUGUGAACCAUGCAGGAAAGCAUGAAUGUCUAGGCUAUAAGCUAUACAACUACAUUCUCUUUACUCACACUACUAAGCUAUAGGGUCUCAAUGAAGUCAGUUCAAGUUAAUUUUUUGUAUUUUGUGUUGUGUCUAUUUAAGUAACAGGCAGCUUAUUAAACCAGUACACUUUGCGCAUAGCAAACCUGGUGAUCCUUCCAGAGAUACACCGUUAAACAAGGUUGAAUUAAAGCAUUAAUGGGUUUAAAAA